CUCUUUGCGAAGCUAUUCCUUCCUCAUUCAUAUACAAGCAUAACUUGUAGUUCAGCUUUUUCUUCUUCUGCUAGCUUCACCCUUUACACGCAUCAAAACAUGGAUGAUUUGGUUAGCAGCCCAUCUUUCAAGAGUGUCCUCAGCUGUAGUGAAGCCGAGGCUCAACCGGAGGAGAGUUCUUGGACCGGUUACUUUGUGGAUUUCAUGAUGUCUGAGGAGGAGAAGAAGAGGCAAGAUGCUUCAUAUUGCAGUUAUGAUGAUGAAGAGGAGGAGGUGGAUGGCUCUAUGAUCUCUGACGCCGCCUCCCUCGCCCCGGCGGCGUUUCCGGACAAGUACAAGGGGUUGAAGCAGCUCAAGAAGAAAGUCUUCAAGGCUCUGGACCAUGAUGAUUCCCUGGAAGAUACUGCAAGUUCUCCUGUAAAUAGCCCCAAGGUCAGCGCUUUGUCACAGAUGGAAUUCAGCCCUAAGAGGAGAUGCAACGUAAGCGACCUCGCCAAGGGAGCUGGGAUUGGCAACGAUCACGGAAGAGAGGGAACGGACUGUGAAGAACAUGCAGACGCCAUAAUGGAAGGAGUGAGGUUUCUUGAUCAGAGCCAAAGGGGUAUAACUCCAUGUGCAGAGCUCAAGGACAAGGGGCUUUGUUUGGUUCCAUUGUCCAUGUUGCUGAACUACCAGGGCUAACUUCGAGACUCAUAAGGCCUGUUUGGAAUGCAAUAUUUUUCCGGAUCUUGUCGGAAUUGGAUAUCUUCCUACGAUUCCUUCAAAAUUUCUGCGAAAUUCGUGCACUCCAAACAUGUAUAGUUGAGCAGGUCUACGGCAUACACUUUACAGGCAUGUGUGGGAUGAUUGACCAAAAGGCAACAACAUAGUGAUACUGUGCAUAUUUUAUUUCAUGAUAAGUAUAUUCGUGGAUAACUGAAUAUUAUAUCUUCUGGGCCUGCAUGUAUAUAUAUCGCCGCCUCAUUUUGUUUGGGCUA